AUGGCAACUCUCAACAGCACUCACUGGAAUGAGACUACAUCCAUUUCCCAGUAUCUGGGCUUUCAAGUGCAAAAGAUUUACCCUUUCCAUGACAACUGGAACACUGCCUGCUUUGUUAUCCUGAUCAUAUUCAUCUUCACUGUGGUUUCUCUGGUGGUGUUGGCUUUCCUCUAUGAGCUGCUGGACUGUUGCUGCUGUGUGAAAAACAAGACUGUGAAAGACUUGGAGAACGAACCCAAUCCUGUUAGAGCAAUGAUGAACAGCUUCAGGAAGAGGGAAACAGAGGUGGUGUAG